AGAUACUCGAUAUUACCUAUUACCAAGCUACAAUUACUGGUUGGGGGCAUAGUAGCGGCUAGGUUUUGAACGCUGUGUCUAAAUGUUCUUCAUUUGGAGAACCUAGUCAUCAUGGUAUGUACCAAUUGCAGCGUUCGGUGCCUUCAUCCUUCUCCGCUAAAGCAUUUUCUAUUUAUCCUCAGGUCACACCAAAUACAACCCCAUACAAACCCUCCCCUCUUUCCUUUGGUUCUCCUCGCACUUCUCCCUUCCGGCGACCCUCUAUUGCUGCUUCCCCUAACACGGUCAUUCGUCCCAAUACGCCCGGUAGCCCUAGCAGCAAAGGACCCACGCCCAUCCAGUCCCCCAGCAAACUAAAGCAGUCACACGUCGCAGACGAUGGAUCCAUUUUCUCAGAUAGCCAAUUUUCGCCGUUAAUCCCGGGACGUAGGGAAGUCCCAGUUUCACCAACCAGAGUCUCCCAUGGGCAAAACGAGAGCACGGCCUCGAUGAUGGGAUCGAAGUUGACAGACAGACUAGCCAUGAAUGGUGACACCCUGAGCAGAUUGCCGCAAGCUCAACUACGUGAAAUGCGUGAAGCGUUUCAAGUGCUUGAUCGAGAUAAUGACGGGCAAGUUAAUCGAGAGGAUGUCGCUGACAUCCUACUGAAUUUAGGGCAAGAUUCUUCCUCUGCAGCUACUUCUCAAUAUUUCCCCCCUGGGGCGCCACAAACCCUUAAUCUACACACGUAUCUAAACUCAAUUGCGAACCUCCUUGGCCCCCUUUCCUCCACACAGGAGCUCCUCAAUGCGUUUGCAGCUUUUGACGAAGAUGAUAGUGGUCAGAUAGAUAUGGAUGAGCUACGGGACGCCCUCCUUAAUACGAGCCCCGAGGCAGACGUAAGUCCCUUAACGGAGAGGGAAGUCAACGAAGUAGUUAACGGUUUCACCGGAAAGAGCACAUUUGGGUCCAAAGGAGCAAAAUCAAUGGGUUUCGGAGGAGCAGCAAAAAGGUCGGAGAUAUUUCGUUAUCAGGAAUUUGUUGGGAGCUUGACAGGCGGUACGACAGUAACGACAUCCACCGUGACUAGUGCUGGACAGGGAGGAAUGACGACAAAGGACAAUGAAUAA